CAGAGGACGGCUUCCGGCGGAAGUGGCGCUGGUCGCUGGUUGUGCUCCUCGCUGGCUCGUUUCCCCCUCCCGGCCGCUCUCGGUUCUGAGGGAACGGCCGCCGCUGGGUGAGUGCAGAGCCGGAGCCGAGCCGUGCGCGGGCUUUUCGGACGGCUUCCUGCGGCUCUCGUUCACAAGGCGGCGGCCAGUAUGGCACGACUACCCGGCGGCGGCGCGUGAAGGAUGUGGCGGAGGCUGUAGCCGAGGGAGCCCUGAACUCCGGGCAGCGCCUCCCACGGCUGCUCCCAAGCUCCUGGCACCGGCUCUGGGGAGCUGGCAGCGGGCCCCGCGCCGGCCCCCGCUAGCGCUCUCCCGCCUUCGGGCGUGAAUCUGAUCCCUCCCUUUCUCUCCCAGCGCGCGGUCCCCUCAGCACCCGCCCCGCACCCAGCGUCCUCCAGCCCGCAGACUCACAGCACCUGCUCUCAUCCCCUGCUUGGUACCUGCCCCGGCAACACCGCCCCGGGUCUCCCUGAGCAGCGGGUCUCUGGUGCCCUGUGGGUCUUGCUCUGGAUCUGAAGAUCUGAGUUCAAAGAGUCUCGGAGAGUGAGUGUGAAAUAUAAUGGCUUCGUCGUCUGGAAACGACGACGACCUCACCAUCCCUAGAGCUGCUAUUAACAAGAUGAUCAAAGAAACUCUCCCCAAUGUCCGGGUGGCUAAUGAUGCCCGGGAGCUGGUCGUGAACUGCUGCACUGAAUUCAUCCACCUCAUCUCCUCGGAGGCCAAUGAGAUCUGUAACAAGUCUGAGAAGAAAACCAUCUCCCCAGAGCAUGUCAUACAAGCACUAGAAAGCUUGGGUUUUGGCUCCUAUAUCAGUGAGGUAAAAGAAGUCUUACAAGAGUGCAAAACAGUAGCACUAAAAAGAAGAAAGGCCAGUUCUCGUUUGGAAAAUCUUGGCAUUCCUGAAGAAGAACUUCUAAGGCAGCAACAGGAGUUAUUUGCAAAAGCUAGACAGCAACAAGCAGAACUGGCCCAGCAGGAAUGGCUACAGAUGCAACAAGCAGCCCAACAAGCACAGCUUGCUGCUGCGUCAGCCAGUGCAUCCAAUCAGGCAGGAUCCUCUCAGGAUGAAGAUGAUGAAGAUGAUAUCUGAAAUUCACCAGCUGAGUUUCUCUUCCCACUGAGAAAUAUCUUUCCUGCACAAUGAAAACAGUGAAAUGAAUGCUUACCUGUAAUUUUGUAUGCAUCUUGGACUGGCCAUGGUAUUCUAGGGAUGUCUGCUGUUGUGUGCUGUACAUGUAAAAACUGUCUUUUUUUGAACUCUUAAAGAUUUAAGGUUCAAUAUCAUAUCAACUUUGGAUUUUUAAUGGUGUAUAUGGAAAUUUUAGAUAGCAGUGCGUCAUUGAUCAAUAAACAGUGUUAAAAUAAACAACAAGUUUAUAAAAUAGUGAGAUUUAUACAGAAGCUCUAAAUCCACAUUUGCAUUUCUCUUCCCUUUUAACUAAACUAUAAAAUCUUACAUAGAGAAUUUUUAAUUGUUUUUCUUUUUUGGGGGGGUGGGAGUGGUUCAGUAGACACUUAAUCUGCAUAAUGGAAACAAGCAAAGAGGUCAGCAUAGUAAAGUCUGAAUUCUUUGUCCUUUUAAAAAUGAGGAUAUAUAUAUAUGGCAAUAAAUAUUAUAUGUGCUCAAAUACCACAUUUGUUACAAAUUUGAAAAGAUACAUUUUCACUAAGCUAGGAAAAGGUAUGUUUAAUAGGAGUUGUAGAAAUUCUGUCUUUUUUUUUGUAUAGGGGUGAAAUAAUAAACCCGUGAUUUUAUUAUGAUAUCUAUGAAGAGUCCUGAACCAAUGGAUAUUUCAUUUCAAAGACUGACCAGUGUAGAGAACUAAUAAUUCUUAUUAUUUCACUCCAAUUUAAUGUUAACUGUUAUUGAUGGUAUUACUUGCGUAGUCCGGACAUGUUCAUAUUGUUCACAUGUAAAGCUGGAACUUGGUGAACCAGAAUUGUGUUAGUUCCAUUGACUUAACUGGGAAUUAUUAAAUGUUCAAGCCUACAAAGGCAAAAGUUGAAGCUAAUGAACCUGGUUUCAGUAAAAGAGGGAUUUUUAUUUAACCCUGAUUAGUUAGUUAUUGUUGUCAGCAUAAUGUUAACAUUUUCCAGACUAGGUUACCCAUGGAUUCCUCAGCUACCUUGUGAAACAAUAACAUUUUCUUCAUUCAAACAGGUUAGUAGGUGCAAAUGAUUCUGUCCAAGUUUAGUUAGGAAAGUAUGCCCCAAGAGUAAUCAGCACGAUAAGGAUCAGGAAAGAGAAAGGAGUCUUUUUGUCAGGUUGACUUUGAAAAUUCUGUUUAUAUAAAUGGACGGGCAGCUGUUCUUUGUGUAGAAAUACACCACAGUUGUGUCCAUUAUAGAAUUUUAAUGUUGAAUGAAGAAAUGUUGGCCUAUGUUCUGGUACUCUUGUUUCCAGCAGAAUGGAAAAGCCACUUGCAUACUAGUGAAAACGAUCAGAUCAGAUAGCUGUGUAAGAAUGCACUCUCUUUUCUUUUAGUAUGCUCUUGACAAGUUUCUCUAGUAAAAAUUUUUGACUAAAAGCUGUGGGUGCAGCAAUCUGUUUACAUAGCGAAAUAAACAGAAAACAGUGUGCCCAUUUUAAGUAGAGAUCUGAACAAGUACAGUUGGCAUAUAUUCAGAUCUGCAAGGAUCGCCCAGUGGCUUUUGAUUUCAAUUUUAGAGUCGUUAGGUUACAUAUUGAAUAACUUGCACAUUUUCUAAAUGCAUCCGUGCAGUGAUGGCUCAAAAAGUAAAGAUUAGUAUGUUGAAUGUUAAGUUGAAAAACUUUCAUGAAAUAUGUUGGACAAGAUUUGACUAAGUAGUUUUCUGUAAAGACUUAAGUACCAAAGGUAGUAAAUCUAGUCUAGUGAAACAAUGUUAAUGUGCAGUGUUGGCUUUUCUAAUUUGUACUGUAACACCUUACACUUUCUAUUUUAAAUGAGUCUUUUUCUUUUAAGUAAACAAAAUUAGGUAUUUCACACUUGUUUUUUCUGAUGCAGAAUUCAGGUUAACAUUUUACUGCAUCUGGUAUGUAUGGGAUAGUAUGUUUGGUUCCUUGUGACCUUUUCUUUGGACGUUCCUGUGCUUUUUUCAUAUGCUGUAUUCUUCAAGCAAUAAAAUUCUGAUGUGUUUUUUAAA